UUAUACUUCCCUUGUGUAAUGUGUGAUGUUUAGCGACUUUGACUGUGCUAAGUGUUCCUCAGAUAGGAAAAUUUUAUAUUCAAAAGAAUGCAACACUAUAUCCCGUGUGUGUCGUUGCCGGUACAACAUUUACCUUGAUUUACACGUAUUCCAACAUAAAGUAUACAGUCGAAUGUUACCAGCGAAAUGAUUCUUGCACAACCUAACAAAGAUGUCGCUUUCCUUCGAUCAAGCUGCAACGAUAACUGGUCCGUGCCGUUCUGUAAAUGCGAGUAUCCGAAUGAAACGCGAUGGAAAUAUUCUGCGAAAAAAACGAUACCAUGCCGCUGCGGGGAAGAUGCUUCCUGGAGACUUGAUUGGACUUGGGACAAAGAAUUGACGGUAGCAAACGUGAUAUCGGGAACAGAAGUAAUUUUCCAUCCAGUGUACAGUCAAGGCACCAGCAUAAUUCGUGGCAACGAACCGCUACACCAGGGACGUCAUCACUACUGGGAACUGAAGAUACUAUCACCUCUAUCGGGAACAGAUAUCAUGUUUGGCAUUGGAACUGAUAAGGUAGAUUUGCUACGGCAUCGGUUUUCUUUCACUAGCGUGCUCGGCAUUGAUGACCAAUCAUGGGGUUACUCCUAUAGAGGCGUAGCCCAACACAACGGACAAUUAAAAUAUUAUGGGAAAAAGUUUAGCCGAGGUCGGAUCAUAGGCAUUUACGUCGACAUGUUGCGCGGUACCUUGGAAUACUAUCUAAACCGACGUUCACUUGGACGGGCAUAUUCCGGUAUUCCCAGAGAGGAAGGAAUAGAAAUUUAUCCUAUGGUAUCAUCUACGUCGGCUAAAUCGUCUGUCAAGCUUAUAAACGCCGCUUCAUUCGAAGAUAAUCUUAGGUUCAAUUGCAUGAAGGUUAUAUGUAAAUACCCGAAACUUGUAGCACAGGUGAAUGCCAUUCCAGGCCUGAGGAAUGUCGUCCAAGAAUUGUGGUUUUUGCAACUCAAGGAACCUAACCAAUCCGAAGAUUUCGCACUAAACAAUUUACAUUUGGCUGAUGAAGCGGUUCUUUGUGGUAAAAAGUUAAAGCUUUCAGACACAGUUACUACAGCCGACAGUGGUGUUUCCAAAGCGUUAGAAAUCAACUCAGAAGGUCAGAUUUAUGACAACUUGAUGAGUAAUGAGGACGGUGAUGAUAAAAUCCCAAAUUCGUCGAAUAUGCAUAAUGGUCGUAGAAGUUCCAGUAAUUCCAGCAGUGAGGAUGAUGAGAUAGCUGUGAUGAUACAGAACCAUUUUUUUUAAUAACUUAUAGAUUUUUAACUAUAUUAUUGCAAUAUUCACAUUGCCACGGUUACCACCAGACUGCAAGCGACUGUACUGUACCAGUGCCAUCCACUUAAUUUUACUAAUGUCUCGGUCACGAA